CCUUCUUCAUUCUGUUUUCCGCUGAUUUCAUCAUCAUGCCUGAGCCAGCCAAGCCCGCUCCCAAGAAGGGGUCCAAGAAAGCGGUCACCAAGACCGCCAGCAAGCCCGGCAAGGGCAAGCGAAAGAGGGGAAGGAAGGAGAGCUACGCCAUCUACGUGUACAAGGUCCUGAAGCAGGUCCACCCGGACACCGGCAUCUCGUCCAAGGCCAUGAGCAUCAUGAACUCGUUCGUCAACGACAUCUUCGAGCGCAUCGCCUCCGAGGCCUCCCGCCUGGCGCACUACAACAAGCGCUCCACCAUCACGUCCAGGGAGAUCCAGACCGCCGUCCGCCUCCUCCUCCCCGGCGAGCUGGCCAAGCACGCCGUGUCCGAGGGCACCAAGGCCGUCACCAAGUACACCAGCUCCAAGUAAAUCCGCAACCGGGUUUGCUCUAAGAAAACGGCUCUUUUAAGAGCCACCCACUGCUUCCAAAGAGUAUUCCUUUACUUUAAUUGUGUGGUCAAUCAUUAUUUAAUAAUAUAUUUACACUGUCCUACACCAGAACGCGACGCCGGCUGAUGGCAGCAAAAUUAAAUUGACCGUGGAAAGAUAAAAUCCUUCCUCGGCGCAUUGUGGACUACAAAUUAUUUUGACUCCCUACACUACACUUGUUCAAGUUUUGUUUGAAAAUCGUUAGUGUGCACAUUUUAUUUCAUACGAUAUUUGGGCCCAUUCUCACAUAUCUGCACUUUAUGAAAUUGUCCGUGACUACACUUUUGUUCAUCCAAUAAAGAGCUUGGAUGAAAGCGAAA